GAUAAUACCCGAAGAGCGAGAAAGCUAUGGUGAUCGGUGGUGAUGUUUGAAAGAAGGAAAAUCAAUCAACAUAAUCGAAGAUCAAUGACUUCUGCUUUGGUGUCAGUAAGGAGUGACCAUUUGUGUACGCACCCAGACAACCAGCGCCACCUACUGUCAGCCGGAGAAUGCUGAGGUGAGAUGAGAUGUAGCGAACGUCUGGAUGCCUGCUGACCGAGAUAUCCACAGUUUGUCGGCAGACACAUUGUCAAGUUGACGGUUUCCAGCCCGUUCUGACUGAACAUUCCUCAACUCGGAGUUACACGGCAACAUGUGACAACACUCGCCAGAGUCGGAAAUAUGUGACGGCACUUGGAGCCGGGAGUCGUACAGGCGAAACGGUCACAGGACUCUCACUCAAACAGGUUCGAUUUUCAAAGGAUUGUUGUGUGGUUGUUAAUAUGUUAAUAGUAGAAACGGAGUGUUAUUUUCAAGUGGAUGCUAGAGACACCAACAAUGGCGCUACAUAAGUAAACAAAAGUGUCACUCGCGACGACAUUAAUCAUUGAUGUAUUUGUGUUUUCUCGUGAUCAUUGACAAACAAUCUCGGGGGAGUUGAAACCAGUUGGCGCUAGUGGAAGUUCACUUGACAUUAUUCCUUGUGUGUAAAAAACGACUUGUCAGAUAUGGAUUACGAUCAGACACAGCCGACAUCAGGGAAUAUCAAACCGGAGGCACAAGAUGGCGGUUUGAGCGAGCAGACGUCAGGAGACAAAACAAGUGAUUCUUUAAGAGACGCCUCAACAACAGAAGACAAACCAGGUGAUAUUGUGAAGGACGCCGCCACAACAGACGACAGAUCAACUAAUGUCACAAAUUACGCUAUAACAGACGACAAACCAAGUGAUGUCACAGAUGUCGCCGCAGCAGACGUCAACCCAAGUGAUGUCAUAGACGCCACCACAGCAGUUCCCCCUGUAAGUACAAGGAGUGCAUCUCAAGUGAAUCUAUUCGAUGGUGACAAGAAACCAGACGCUGGUGAAACGGGGAACGAAAAACCCUCCGAAUCUCAAUCGCUAGUCAACAGUUUAAAUUCCCCGAAUGGUGUGGGAAAAACGGACACCUUGACCGCGGCUCCCAUGGAACCGAAAGAAGGAGCAUUCACACCCGACGGAGGAACGAAACACGAAGGUACAGACUCUAAGCCAGGAGAUUUAACGACCAGCGAGGCUGCUACACGAGUACUGGACGAGAAGCCCCCGAAGGACGAAGACGGGGACACUAAUGUGAAGGACACAGACCCACUUCUGACAAAAACAGACUCUCAGAAAACCUUACAAUCAGAUACUGGUUCGAGUGUUAAAAGCGAUUCAUCGUCGGACACCAAAAAACCGCUUAUAGAAAAGAAAAAGUAUUCCUACAUCCCUAUAGUUGGCACCGGUAAGGACAAGAAUCACGCCUCUAACGAUUCGAAGAAAAAGAAGGGUGACAAGUUUGAUUUUAAGCGUGACAAGGACAACAAGGCGACGGCGAGGAUGAGCCGGAGUAACUUGUCAGGAAGCUCGCAGAAUAUUGCACUGAAAGACAAAAGUGAACCUGUGGCUCCCUCUGAUGCCAAGGGGGAGACAACCUUCUCUGUAGUUAACGAAAAUGAGAAGAUUGAGCACAACAGUAAGAAUGUGAAAUUUAAGGAGAAUGAACCGGUGUCCAAAGACAAGAAGCCUUCUUCUAAUGUCAAGAAGGAGAGCAAGAUUCCCGAACUUGACAAAAAGAAGGUGAAUGUGAUACAAAAGUCAUUACAGAGAGAGAAGGCGGUGUUAUCAAACGGGUCCGUGAAAGCCACUGACAAGGAAGACGAUAAGAAGACAGAUGAAAAACCGAAAGAAACCGAAAAGAAACCACUUGACCCACCGGUAGUGGAAACCAGCACUGAACCCUACAAACCCAAAUCCAUACUCGCACGGGCGAUCAUGAAAAAGGUGAAAGAAGGGUCGGGUCAGGCGCAGAAUAACGCCGAAUCUAAACACGUUGUCCUAAACGGCCCGCCAACGACGGUGAAGACGCCAAACAAGACGUCCUUGGCCGUCCCGCCGCCAGUGAGCCGCGACGUCAGCGACGACAAAGAUGACAGACUCUCCAUUGGGUCCCGCCGAGACUCCACCAAGUUGUCUCUUUCCGACUCCAUGUCCCGGAAAUCUGUGGACUUCCGCGUCGCUAACGCCACCACCGUCGUUAUCCCAGCGUCCGGACAAGAUGACGAGAAACAGAAGGCGCACGUCGGCAGCAACGACUCGUGGAUCAGAUCUGCCAUCCCCUACAUGCCGCUCAGCCUGUCCAUCCUCUGCCUCCUCCUCAACAUUGUCGUCCCUGGAACAGGGACCAUGCUGAGUGGAUUCGCCAUCUUGUGCUGCGGAAAGUCCCGAGUACCUACGAAGGAUGAUCACGUGCCGAUCACAGUGUGUGUGAAUGUGUGGGUGGGCGUGGCUCAACUAUUCACUGUCACCUUCAUGCUGGUGGGGUGGUUCUGGAGUGUGGCAUGGGGCAUCAAGAUGAUCAUUCUGUCAAUCGAAUAUCGGAAGGAGUUGCGACAGAAGCGCGAGAAGGAACUACAAGCACUGGCUCUCAGCGCCUUCGGAUCUCCCACGCGAGGAGCUAGGGGCCUUUUCGGCUAGGUCGACCGGCGGGGUGGAGGACCAUUUUGGCAAACUCUACCUGGAUACUCAGAAACUCAAAUGAUGCCUUACAGCCGAACAUUACACCGGUACAUACACAUCUUCAACACGCGUGUGCCCUCGUCCCGGUGACAGGUGCCCGAUGGUAGAUACCCGAUGGUUCCAUAGGUCAAGUUCAAGAGAGGCUAAGGUUGGUUUCAAGGACGUCUGAAUGUGUGCUUCAGGAUCGGUGUAUGAAGUGACAUGGGCUUUUCGACACCCACAAACAGUGGGCAUGUGUGAUGGAUU